GGCGGCAUGGCGAGCACGGCGUCGGAGAUCAUCGCCUUCAUGGUCUCCAUCUCGGGCUGGGUGCUGGUGUCCUCCACGCUGCCCACCGACUACUGGAAGGUGUCCUCCAUCGACGGCACGGUCAUCACCACCGCCACCUUUUGGGCCAACCUGUGGAAGACGUGCGUUACCGACUCCACCGGAGUCUCCAACUGCAAGGACUUUCCCUCCAUGCUGGCGCUGGACGGUUAUAUCCAGGCAUGCAGAGGACUUAUGAUUGCUGCUGUCAGCCUGGGCUUUUUUGGUUCCAUAUUUGCACUCUUUGGAAUGAAGUGUACCAAAGUCGGAGGCUCAGAUAAAGCCAAAGCUAAAAUUGCCUGUUUGGCUGGGAUUGUAUUCAUACUGUCAGGGUUGUGUUCAAUGACUGGCUGUUCCCUGUAUGCAAACAAAAUCACAAAGGAAUUCUUUGAUCCUUUCUUUGUUGAGCAAAAGUAUGAAUUAGGAGCUGCUCUGUUUAUUGGAUGGGCAGGAGCCUCACUCUGCAUAAUUGGUGGUGUCAUAUUUUGCUUUUCAAUAUCUGACAACAACAAAGCACCCAGAAUGGGAUACCCAUACAAUGGUGCCGCAUCUGUCAUGUCUUCUCGGACAAAGUAUGGCGGAGAGGGAGAUUUUAAAACCACAAACCCUUCAAAACAGUUUGAUAAAAAUGCUUAUGUCUAA